AUGAGCCUCAAAGCCUAUGCCCCGCACGUUACUCUUGGCAGCAAGCCGCUCUCCACCGGUGCCGCCCAAGAACUCAUCGCGAACUAUCUAAAUGAAUCCGAAUCCAAUUCGUACCUCCACCCGGAUGCGAUUCUGACGGCAUCCAACGUACAAUACCCCCUGUCCGGUGGUCCCCAGGGAGGGGUCACUAUGCACGACCUGCGACGGGUCGAAGCUGGUUUGAGGGGCGAGGUGCUCAAGCCCGAGGUCCCCGACGUGUCUGACGACAUGGUGCUGGACGAAAUGAUCGACGACACGAAAAAGCGCAUGCAGGCCGAUCAGGAACAACAGGAGGAUGGGAUCGAAGUGGGCGAGAUCGGCCAGCGCACAACCGCCGUUGUUGAGGGUGGAGACAUUCCCGAGGUUGUUGAAGAGGGUGGCGGAAAAGCACUCGGCAAGAGUAAAACCGAUAAAGAGGCUCGCAAAAAGGCAAAGAAAGAGCGCGAGCGCCAACAGAAGCUCGAGAGGGAGGCAAAGCGAAAGACGCACUCUGAGGCCUAA